AUGGAAUUUAUUAAAGAACAAAAGUUUUUAACAACAGCUACCCUAGUUGCGUUCAUUGGUGUUUUUAUUAAAUAUUAUCUUGGAAAUCAAAAUAACCAAAAUAGUUUGUCAAAAUUUAAUGAUAUAACUAUAAAAUCAAUUAUCAUUUAUCCAGUUAAAUCAUGCAAGGGUAUAGAAUUAAAGUCAUGUAAACUAACCAAAUAUGGAUUUGAAAAUGAUAGAAGAUGGAUGAUUAUAAAAGAUAAUAGAUAUGUUUCAAUGAAGCCAUAUCCAAUAAUGAGUACUAUUAUACCAACAUUCUCUGAUGAUGGGAAAAAACUAAUUCUAUCAAAAGAAGGAAUGGAAGAUCUAGUUUUAUCGGCCGAACCAUUAGAUAUUAAUAAAAUGGAUCCAUCAAGAAUUUACCAACAAGUUAAUUUAAUCGACAAUGUUGCUCAAGUAUAUGAUGAAGGAGAUGAAGCUUCCAAUUGUUCAAAUGUGUCCAGCUCAAAUUUGGAACGUAAUAUACGUCAACAUAUGGCCGAAAAUGUUGAUCCAAACCAUUUAGAUAAAUUUAAAAACUCGUUAGCAAACUCUUGUCAAAUAAUGCUCCUCGGCCAAGGCUCAAUAGAUUUAAUUAAUGAACGUAUUGAUAAAACUAGAGAAGAAAAAUGUGAACAAAAACAACCACCAUUAACAUGGAGAAGAUAUAGACCAAAUCUACUUUUAUCAGGCACCUCUCCUUUUCAAGAAGAUGAUUGGAAACUUUUCAAGUCAAAUAAAAGUGAUGUUACUUUUAAUGUUUGUGACUAUAAUGGUCGAUGUCCAAUUGUACUUGUUAAUGAAAAGAGUGUAAUGGAUCCAUACAGCGAUGAUGAGCCACUUAGAACACUACGUAGUUUUAGGGCUGCCACUUGCAAAGCUGGUGAUAAAACUUUAGUAGGUAUUUAUUGUGCCAUUGAAGAUAGAUACAUCGAUAAAAUAGUAUCAGUUGGUGAAACAAUAACUGUUUUAAAAGGUGGGUUAACGUCAAAGUAUUUUAAUAAACUAUUUAAAUAA